AGCUGGUUUCCUGGCUGCGCUGGCAGUCAACAUGGCGGCGAUGAAGCUGAGUGAGGUGCGGGAUCCCAGCGCCCUGUUUGAGGUGCACAGCGCCGAGGAGAUCCGGGUGCUGGAGAGGAAGGUGCGGGCGGAGAUCGAGCAGAAGAAGGAAGAGCUGCGGCAGAUGGUGGGGGAGCGGUACCGGGAUCUGAUCGAGGCGGCGGACACCAUAGGAGAGAUGAGGAAGAGUGCGGGGCUGGUGGUGGAGGCAGUGCGGGAUAUGGAGCGCUACUGCGGGGCCCUGAAGUCCAAGCCCAGCCCGGCCUCGGGGCUCCGGGGAAGCAGCGCUGCACAGUCCCAGGAGCGGUUUUACAGCAUGGCUGCUCAGAUCAAGCUGCUGCUGGAGAUUCCAGAGAAGAUCUGGAGCGCCAUGGAGUCGUCUCAGUACCUGCGCGCCACCCAGCUCUACCUACUGUGCUGCCACCUGCACACCCACCUGCAGCUGGACUCCUCCGCCUCCCGCUACAGCCCCGUCCUCGCCCGCUUCCCCAUUCUCAUACGGCAGGUGGCAGCAGCUGGCACAUUCCGCUCCACCAUUCUGCAGGAGAGCAAGUCCCUUCUGAGAUGUUCCUCGGCCUCUGACCAGUCUGUGGCGGAGGCGCUCUGCUCCAUCAUGCUUCUGGAGGACAGCUCUCCGCGCCAAGCCCUGGCUGAUCUCCUGCUGGCUAGAAAGGCUGGCAUCCAGCAGCUGCUCAAUCAGCCGCAUCACGGCUCCAGCAUAAAGUCUCAAGUGUGUUCCUUGGUGGAACUUCUGGCCAAUACCCUGUACCAGGCCCAUGCCCUCUUCUACACCCAGCCGGAUGAUGUGCCCGCUAACCCCGCUCUAAGCUGUGGCCUCUUAUUCUCUAUGUUAGAGACGGUCACUGCCCAGCAGGCAGGAGGAAAAGCCGUGAAGGUGCUACGGGAGGAGAUGCAGUCCGUCAGCUGGUUCAAGCACCUUCCGCCCUCCGUCGUGGAUUUCCAGCCCACCCUGCGGACCUUAGCUCACCCCAUAAGCCAGGACUAUCUGCGGGAGACUCUGCAGCAGUGGAUUCACCUGUGUAACGAGGACAUUAAGUCUGGCAUUUCCGCUCUGCUUGUCUAUGUGAAGACCCUGAAGGGCCUGGCCGGCAUCAGAGACGCUGCGUGGGAACUGCUGACCAGCGACUCCAUGAGGCAGAACUGGGAGAAGGUUUGUCGGCGACUACUGGACCGACCCAUCCGCUUCUGGGAGGACAUGAUGCAGCAGCUGUUCUUAGAGCGACUCCAGACUCUGAUGAAAGAAGGUCUUGAGUCCAUCUCCAGCGACUCCGUGCAGCUCCUACGCUCCACACUGCAGGACCUCGAGAGGGGCCCAGACACCCUCAAACAUGCCCAGCACGAGAGCAACAUCUGCUCCUUCCUAUGGUCCGAAAGCCAAAGCGACCUCCCGACAGAUGCCGCCUGGAUCAGUGUGGCAAACCGCGGCCCCCAGCGCUGGAGCGGCCUAUCCCUGAAGGCUCAGGCAGUCACUCCAUGCGUUCAGAGCUUCUGCCAGGCCUUAGACUCCAAACUGAAGGUCAAACUAGAAGACCUGUUCUCCUACCUGCCAAGGGAGACGUCCGCUACAGACCAGCAGAAGGAACCUCUCACAGCGGACGGCAAGCCCUCGGCUUUUGAUCGAUACGGCGAUGCCAGCACGGUGCAGCAGAUGUUGGGCCACCAUUGCCUCGCGUGUAUGCAGCACAUCCAGGAUGCGGUCAAGGCACAGCUCAGAACCGCUGGAGAAGCAGAACUUGGCGACCGUAGCGCAUGUGCCUUAUGUAAAGUGCUUUUCCUGGCAAGGCUGUGCCAGUCGUUGAGCGAACUCUGCCCACAUUUGAAGCAGUGCGUCUUGGGAAAGACUGGUGGCAUUGAACAGACUAUACGAGAGACUAAGACGGGCAAGAAGUCUGGUAAAGGGAGAGCCGUCGAGAAGCCGCAGGUCGUCUGCAAGUGGCAAGAACUGAAAGACAAACUCGUAAACCAAUCUCUGGAAGCCUACUCCAUCUGGAGCACCACUGUGGUCAAACACUUGGUCCACUCCUUCACCAACACCUUACUACAGAACACAGCCGGCUCAGCGCUCGCUACUGCCACCCAGUGGGAUGAAAUAGAAAUUCAGGAGGAAACUGAGGCAGGAAGCAGCGUAACAUCAAAGAUCCGACUCCCUGGACAGUGUUCCUGGCACGUCCAGUCCCUUCUGUUCAACCUGUGCCAAGCCGUCAACUGCGUCGGAGGGCAUGCCCUACCGAAAGUGACCCUGCAGGCGUUACUAAGGAGUUGCCAGGAUGAAGUGCUCAGUGCAUAUGAGAAGCUAUGCCAAGAAGGUCUGGGAAAGAAAUCUGCAAAUUCCGUCACACAGACGAGAGCUCUGCAGCUGCUCUUUGACCUCCGUUACCUGUGCCUAAUCCUCGGCUCUCGUUCAGAAAAUGGUAAAAGUGGUAAAAGCAAGCCGGACUCCAGGAUUCAGCAGGUGGCCGAUCAGCUGGAGAGCUGCAUUGAUCCGUUUGAUUUGGACGUCUUCACCCCACACUUGAAUGUUAAUUUAAACCGGCUGGCCCAGAGGACCUCGGUCCUCUUUGGAUUACUCACAGGAAGUGAAAACCAGUUCACCAGCAGAAGCUCCACCCUGGGGGUUCCGGAGACGCACAAUGUCCUGCCAUUGGCUUCCAGCCAGAUACGGUUUGGGCUGCUUCCCCUUAGUAUGUCAAGCUCACGCAAGUCAACGAGCAGGACUGUGGAAGAUGUGAAAAUGCAGAUGCCCCGGACCAUCCCCGAACCGGAGGAGGACACUUUCAGACCAGGCUCCUUGUUCAGACAACUGGCAACGCAGGACGACGACGCUCAGGCCCCGUCCCUCUUCAAACUGGGCUGGCUCUCCAGCAUGACCAAGUGACCCCCACCACCAACCCACACCUUCAAGAACUGACACACUGUAACAAACUGUAAUUUUGAGCAAAUUAAAUAACUUUAUUGUGCAUCAAUCCCAGUUUGUAUUGCCUGUGUUUCCACCUCAGGUAUAUAUAGAGACACGGGUGCUGUGGUAUACAAAAUCUCCUUGACUUCUUGGAGAGCUGGUGCCAGAAAAAGCAAACCACCCUGGCAACUCAUCGAGUAUUCUCAUUUAAGACAACUGAAAAACUUCUGCAACUCCAGGUCAUUUUUCUAAAUUGACGCAUCCACCCUCCUGCAACUUUACCAAAUGCUUUGUCUUACUGCCCCUGGGGACAGUCAAGCCAUGCCGUAUCAAUGGCAGGCACUGGACGAUAAAGUCAUUUAUGAGGAUACAAAGCAUACAUCCACCAUAUCUCCACAAGAGGUUGCUCAGGGUUGUCUGAUGGCACCCACAGACAUGGGUGAUCAGACUGUGCCCACUGGAAAGUUGGGCAUUUGCAAACAGCAUAAGUAAAUGUUCAGAGACUUGGGGUAUUCGGUUUGGGUGCCUACUAAUUUCCUAUCUCUGUGGGCCUAGGCUUCUGGACCCCACCUAGGUAACUCACUUUUGGGUGUGCGUUCCCCUUUAACAUCACUGUUCUCUCUGCUCCACAUAUCUCCUUUGCCAUACAGAUUUACACAAUGGGAGGAGUAGAUUGCGUGGGUGACGGGCUGCCUGCCCUACCUAGUCACCUGAGGCCUAGGCAUGAACCUGGGCUUUUGAAGAAGAUUAAUACAACUGAACAAGUGCACUUCAUACAGUGCUUCACUUCCAAAAAAUAAAUAAAACAUUUCUUCAACUUUUGCCGAACCAAUGCUGUAUUCGGUAUAAAUGGAGGUGUUAGAUGGCUUCUUACCAAUGUAGCACCAAAGAGGAGGAGUGCGCUGCAGAGAGUGAAGCGCAUGGGGCUUAUUUAAUAAAGGUGCCUAAAUCUGCUGUCCAGUCGAGGGCCUGAUGAAUGCUGAGUUUUGGGGCUCUGUGAAAGCUCAUAUUAAUAGGAGCAUUGUGCACGUCGUCAGAAUCAAGUAGGAGGCCCCAUAUUGUGUUACACAGGAAUAGUGUCCAGGGCCCCAAAAAUUGGGAGCAGAAAGCCAAAGUGCACUCGGGUCUGCUACGUACAUAAAGCAGCAAAAGGGAUUUCCGGGUCCCACAGACCCUCCUCAAUUACAUAAAAUGCGCCUGUAGGAGAAAGUUUGUAUAUAUUUACCAGCCUGAAGUUGCCUGCAUCAGCUGCUCAGAAACUCCUGAAAAUCUAGCUUCCGCCGAUGUCACAUUUACCGGGUUUCCCGGCUAAACGAUGGAGGAGACGUCACUUCCGUUGUGGAUGGAGCUAUAUCUAGUCGUCUCCCUAGUGCGGGCGCAAACUCUGGAAUCCACCUCAUUUGCACAUGCAUAAAAGAAAGGAAUAGUUCUGGAGAUAGCCAAAUACAGCGCUCACCUAACUCCAGAACUCCCAUACAUGUGCGACCGUCCAACGUGGUCAUUUUAGGGAAGCAGCAAGGGGCCCACCCUCGUUCUCAUGAUUGGUGAGGUUCCCAGUAGUAGGACCCCCACCAAUCUGACAGUUAUCCCCUAUCCUGUGCAUAAGGGAUAACUUGUACCCCCUUUAAGUAUAUUACAAACUUUCUUCUAGAGGCGAGUUAUGUGUAAUUUAAAUAGAUUGGCAGGACCUGCUGGGUCCUGUACUAGAAUUAACAUUCAUCACCCUAUCCACAUGAUGUGUGAUGUCUGAUUGCGGGGGGCCCCUAUGAUUAUUAGAGCGGAGGUCCCAAGCCCCCUGUUCCUUCUCGCUAGACCACUGUCCUCUGCUAUCUCAGUCAUGGAGAGGCAGUGAAUGCUUGGAUUGGUGGGGGUCCAACACAUCUGUGGUUGGUUCAAAAUGUCAAGUCUGGUACAACCCCCUUUAAAGGCAUACUAACUCAGCGCUUGACUAAUUGGCAAUGUGUCUAAAAAGUAGCUGCUGGCACCUAACAUCUACGGUAAUUUUACUACUGAUGCUACUGCCAGGCUCAGCCAACCACUUGGGAACCAGCCUGGUAGAUUUCAUAGAUGACAUACCACGUAAUACACUAGGUAUCUAAGUAUCUCUACCAGAAGGCCUAGGCUCCAUCACAUCAGGUGCUCCGUAGGUUCGCUGGUGGGACAACCGCCUACAGCUUUUAGUUGCCCCCGCCACAAACAAGGGCUGGGGGUGCAAUGUAGGUUCAUGUCACAAUCAUAACGGCAGCAUCUGAUGUAAGGUCUAAGUUCCCUAAUUAAGCGCCAUGAUGUCCUAAGGGGAUUGCAUGGUGACCCUUACAUCAAGCAAGGAGGUACAUGAAGUGGUGGUUGUGGAAGCUCUGAUCCAAGACAACAAGUCCUUUGUUCCGUUGCUUUUUGCUGUCUGAAAAUGCAGGUGGAACCAAGCUCGUGUAUAUAUACACAGCGCCCCCCCCUUUCAAAAGUGCUAAUUAAGGU